UAUCUCACACAGUUUGAUAAAUCUGGGCCACUGUCCUUUAUAUGUUCAUGCUCUUUAUAUGUAUUCAGUCUAUGAUGUAAUGUGAAUGUAGACAUACAUUGUAGAGACCCGUGGGUAUGUGCCUCUCUUGUAAUGUGAUCUUUUCCUGAGCUUCUCUUGGUGAUGGUGUCUGUGGCUUUGACAACAGUUUCCAUGGACGCUUUUGUCCUACAGCUCCAUUGGUUUCCAGUGUGACUGGGUGUUUUCCGGCUUGGCCUCCACAUGCAGUAACCUACAGAGGAACUUCUGCUGUUAUAUCUUACUGUUCCUGCAUUUGUUAACUCUUUCUGGACACAUUGAUCUAGUCCUGGUAAAGUUAUAAGUGGGAGGAGCCACAUCUUCCCACCGCGUGAUUGGACACUUAACUGUUGGACCUCACAAGCACUGUGACAAUCCAAGCACCACCCACGUUGCCAAGGAGAUUUAAAAAUGGAGGAAGAGGAGUCUGGUGCUGCCAUGGAUGGGAUCAUAACUCAGUUCAACACAUAUGAGGACUUUCUUGACUCACAGAUCACUUCGCUAGACCUCUUCUAUCUUGAGGAUGAAGAACUAGCCCGUCAGCUGGUGGAGCUGGGCUACAGGGGAAGUGGAGAAGUUCUAAAAAGGGAAGAGUUUGAGGCAAGAAAGGCAGCGGCAGAGGCUUCCAGACUCUCUCAGAGAACUCAACAAAAGAUUUUGUCAAGUGCAGGAAAAGAAUUGAAAGAUAACUUCCUAAAAGAAUUAUCCAUAAGGGAGGAGGCAAAUCGCAAUGGGAAGAUGACAUCUAUUAUCUUUAUCCGGGACAAAAAUUCACAAGGACAGGAAUUGUCUGGAUACAUUGAUUAUUCCCAUCGGCUAAAGACAGAAGAUUUUGAAAUGUACUUUAGUGGCAAGAAAAAGCUCCUUCCACAACCCACUGACUUAAGUUUCUAUAACUGGGAAACCCAUGUGUCAACUUCAAACGCAAGUCCAAAUUACCAAGUGAUUGCAGAAAAUUCAUCUGGAUUACUGUUUAAAAAUAAGCGGGACAGGAAAAUACUAAACGUGGAUCCUAAGGCCUCACCAGGAGAUAAUUCAACUCGGACUCCUAUCCAGACCAAUCUUUAUAUCCAAGCUGUCAUCUAUGAUCACGUCACCAGACGAAAAACUUGAACUUAAGAAAAAAUGUUGUCUUUGCUUAUCAAAUAAACACAUGACUCU